UUUCUCCAGUGCUAGAGAUGAAGACGGCUGUUACCAAUGUCAAAGAAUCGCCGUCCACGUUGGAUAAUAAAGUGACUUCUGGAAUUCUAAGAAACGCCUAUUCAGAUCGAAACUCCUCCUGCAUCGACCCUCACUUCCUGGAAAAUAUGUCCGGACAUACUACACAGUGUGCCUCUCUAAAUUACCUCUACACGCCUGGAGUAUUUUAAAAUCUCUUGUUUAAAAUAUCUGCUGAUUUUUACGUUCGCAAACACCAAUAACGAAACAUUGAAACUUGACAAAAAGACAAGAUUAACAGAAAAUAUAAUAAUAAAAAAAUAAUAAUAAUAAUAAUAAUACCAUGUAUAUUAAAACAAGUAUUAGGUUUUAAAUACAUGAUAUUUUCUCCUAUAUAAAUACAGACACUAAACACACACACACACACACACACAUACAUACAUACAUAUAUACAUACAUAUAUACUGACCCUUCCCACACACUUGGAUACACAUAACGAGAUUCUCUUUUCGUCGCUAUGGAAACAUUUGUAAAAAGCUCCGUUCUAAAUUCCUUAUGGUCAAUAUGGUAUUGCUUAGUUGUGAUUGGCUUUCAGAGUUACAUUACUUACCGUGAAAUACAGCGCUACCUGGUGUUAAGACAAGCACAAUGGCGGGCUUCUCUAAUUCCUCCGGCGGAACUAACGGCUCAGCUCGUUCUUGUCAUUGUAUCAAUACUGUGUGUACCUCUUUUCAUACUUGCCUGCAUUUUCCGUACGGGCAACUAUGCUAACGAUGGAGUGAAGCUUGGGCGUGAUCAUGCUCUUAACUCGAACAUGGAAACUGUUUUUCGGCCAGUACAUUUUACCCUUAUACGCCGAAUCUGGCGACAUUUCUGUCCUCUUGCCCAAACAUUACACCUCAUGGCAGCGCUCUGUCUUUUACUACCGGAUACACUAAUUACUGCUGCUGGAGUCUACCACAAGCACAGGACAAAAGAUGCCAUUUGGACAACGGAUCUAGAUUUCCUGUUUCAUCCAAGAAAGAUCUAUUCUAACAUCCCACGUCCCGAAACAAAUUUAUCUUCCUUUCCUAACAUUACACAAUUCGUUGGCAGUCAUGUUCUAAUUUUACCAGAACAACCAGUAUCACUGAACUUUUGUUACUUCACAACUGCUUUUUUUGCCUUCUCCACCAGAUAUUCAGCCAUUUUCUGGUACACUAACAAAGUACUUAGUUGCAUAUUUGCAUUACAGCUGUUUUGGCUCACAGUUCACUCUCUCUUUACCUUCUGUGGUAUGACUAUUCUCUAUAAAGUCGCCUUCAACAGGUGGGCCUAUCCUGAUAUACCACUUUUGCUUCCUUCUCAAGCUGUUUUAGGACUUUAUCUUGUCGGGGGAUUCUUCUUGAUUAUAUCUACCAUUACAAUUUUUGAGUAUGGCCUUCAUUUCUUCGAGGAGAAAUUCCGCCUCGUUCUUCAACGACAUCACCCUGCCUUUGGAAAAGAUUAUUUUCCGAUCAAUCGCACUACGUGUCAAGGUUACAUUCCGCACUCGUGUGCAAUGGUCAGUCUAGUAUUUCUGGCUCUAUGUAAAGGACCCAUUAUUUAUGAUUUAAUCAAUGUUUACAGAUUGACGCAUAGUAGGUUCGUGUUGAUAUGUGCCAUCAUUGACGUCACGUAUAUGGUUCUAUGGGUGGCCCUUUGGUCGGUGUUAACUCUGAAACAAAGUUGGCGCUUCAGAAUCCUGGACUACGUGUCUGCAGGUCACCCAGUCUUCAUGGUUCCGAGUGACCAUAUUGUACGUAACCCAAGUUUCGACCAGAUUGAGCUAGCUGAGUUACACCGGCGCAAAAGGAGACGGCACCACGGGUCGGUACCUAGCAUGUCAACAAACAGUGACUGCUGUGACACCGACACAGUUGGUACUAUCGAAGAAGAGACGUUAUCUCAAUUACCGCCCAUUGCCGAACAUCCUCGAGAUGAACAAGAAUCGACUCUUCCGAAUAGUGUUUUGGUACGCAAGAUGAAUAAAUCGCGUAAAGCUGGAAUGGCACGAGUGACAUUUGAUGAGUCAGUAAAUUCUGUCUCCGAAGACAGAGAAGCACAGAAAAACAUAGACAUGAUCCAAGACGUAGUUAAUCGCCUCGAAGCUAAUGUUGCUGCCUCGGAAAACGAAUCAGGUAUAAGAAACCAUGGAAGCAAUCAGAGUUUGGGUGAAGGAAGUUCUGCUAGCGACACAUCACAUAACAUUUCUGCUGAGGUACACAGCCCGUCCAUGGACUGGAGUCAAAUUACAAAAGAAUACGAAAAAACUUUAGAAACACAAAACUCACCAACAUCAGUCAUUGAAAACAGAGCUUUGGAGUCAAGAGAUGGCAGCUUAUCUCAUGACUAUAAAAUGGAUUUGCGGAACAAAUGUGACCAAUAUUUCAAUCGAAAUUGUUUAACUCCCCAGUCUGAUAGUCAUUUGCAUGCCGUCCAAGAGGAAGAAAAUGUCCACUUAAACGGAAUUGCCAAUGACAAUCAGCAAAAAGUUGAUCGCUCAUCAAACAAUAAAAUGAAUAGUGCUAACAACACCAGUAAACGGAACACAUCUACUGGUGUGGUUAGCAGUAAUAAUAAUAAUAACAACGAAGUUUAUAAGAGCAAGCUUAACGGUGCUGUUGUGCAACCAACCGAUAAUAGCGCUGCUUCGGUUCGUAAAUCGGAAAAGAUCUCCUUACUGGAGAAGGACAAGAAAAACUUUAGUACAUUUAAAUAUCCUUAUUCGACGGAAAAAAUUCGACACGCGUCUACAUCUCUGGUCAAUGAUGUCAUGCCUCUUCAGAACGGUCACCUCAACAGACCUGAUAUCGUGCCAAAUGAUGCCAACAAUUCCAGCGAGAUAUUAGGAGACAAUGUGGAGAAUGUUAAUUAAAGCGUGAUGUGGACGUUUCGCAGAGAAUAUCGAACCGAAGACAGUACUUUUUUGGGGGAAAAAAAUGGCACAGAAAACCAGCCUUCAACGAUGGCGGCACAAACAGAAAGUGAAACGGAAUGAAAUAAAAGCAAGAUGUCCGAAACCUCAUUUGACAAAGUUGUGUUUUGUGAUAGAAAAAAAUAUAUAUAAUAAAAAUACAAAGGAAUGCUAACACGACUAACUUGCUGUUUGUUAAUCCAUGAAGAAAAACAACUGAAGACAAUAAUGAGAGGGUGGGGGACAAGAAAAUAUGAGAAGAGACUGUCGGGAAAAAAAAAUAGAAAAAAAAGGGCCUGUUUCUUAUAAACUAAAGUGUGAUUAUUUCACGUGGGCUUUUUGUGUAACCAAAUGUUGUAUCUGCUCUGACAGUGGUCCAUUUUAUCCAGCUCUAUUUCUCUUUCCUGUUUGAAAAUCAUCAGAUCAUCCAUGUACAGACGACAUGUCUACAAACACACAGACACAUGUCUACAAACACACAGACAUAUACAUUCAUACAUAAGUGCAUCUACUAGUACACACGCCUACAGACACAGACUUUUCAGGUUGUUGUUUUUUUUUUCCUAGCGAAUAGUCAUUGCUUUUAGUUGUACAAACAGUGACUGACUGAACACAUGAAAAUCCGCUAUAUGUAGUGUUUUUUUUUUGUUUUUAGCUUAAAUAUUUACAGAACGAGGGAGAGAGGUUAUGCCCAAUAUUUUGUAAUGGAACUAGACUGUCUGGUUUUUUUUUUAAAAACUUUUUAUGGGAUUAUUACAAUUAUAACUGAAUUACCAUUUGUCCAAACUGUUUGUUCCAAUUGAAGAUUUUUAUUUUCGUUGAAAUCAACUUCAUUAACUGAAUACCCACGUGACUAUGUUUUCAGACGUGCCAGUUUGAAAUAUCUUGGAAUGAGAAUGGUUGCAUGAUAGCAAGAAACUAGAAUCAAUGAAAAAAAUAAAUAAUAAAAAAGAAAAGAACAAAAAAUAGAACAUGCCAGCGAGUAACGGAAGCAAAAUGCAUCAACUUAAAAAAAAACCCAAAAAAAAACCCAGCGAACCCUGUCAAUCAAUCAAUCAAUCAAUCAGUUUUUAGAUUCGUCGAUCGAAUAUUUAGUAAAUUCACAACAAUCGUUUCAUUCAAUCCAUUAUUUUAAUUUUCGCUAACAUUGUUACCAUUUUUUAAAAAAUUCUGAGAUAAUUCGCAUCAAUGAUUAUUUUAGUCAGUGAUAUUUGGUUUGUCAUAACUACAACCAAAGUGUGAGAUGCUAGGCGGAAACAAAUAAAUUUGGUGAAACGUGGGAUAUUAAAUUUAGUGCAGCAAACAAACACAUUUUCCUAACCAAGUGUUUGAAAAUUAUGCUCCAAUCUCGUCUAUUAAUGCUGAGCAACAUUGAAACAUUUACACAGGAUGCGGUUAAAAAGGAAAAAAAAAACACCUCCAAGAUCUACCAUUCACGACAAGAAAGGUUAUGGUAGACACCAAUU